CGCGCUGUUGAAAUGGACCGAAGAAAAAAAAAUGGACCACCUGACAUAAUGGCCACCGUAGCCGCAAGCCGAUCCUGGAAGGAAACCCAGAAUGUGAUGAUGAGAAAGUACCUAGCAGAGGAGAAGAUGGCUACGGAGGCCGACUUAGCAACAGUCCAGAGGAAGAACUUCUCAACGUACAAUGACUUCCUACAGGAGUUUACUCUGGUAGCACUAAGGAUCCCGGAAGUAACGGACCGAAUAAUGAGCAAAUACUUCCUUAGGCAGUUCUCCGAGUUCGACAAAGACAAGAUUCUAUCAGCCUACCAGCAAACGAGCAAGUUCGUAAACACUAGGGAUGUGGAUUUUAGCAUCGUAACAGAUCUGGCCGAAAAGACGGUAGUGACCGAGACAUUGGCCUUGCUUAAGGAAGGGGAGGUCAUAGACCUGACCGGGAGAACAGGCGACAAGGUAAAGACGAAGAUCGAAAGUCUACAUGAACGGGUGCACAGAGUCGACAACAAGAUUGAAAGGAUGGAGAGCGCGCUAUUGGUUAUGCAGGCGCAAGUAUCCCGACCCCCCCUCCCUUCCCAGGAAGCCGUAGUUCCGCCGGGUAUAGCCAAUCGCGGAUUUGGACGGAGAGAUCCUGCUAGCGAGCAAUGCAAGUACUGCACCGCGAUGGGACAUUAUGUACGCGCAUGUCCAAAGCUCAACCAUGAUAUAUUAAAAAGGAGAUGUACCAGGUCGUUAAAGGGGCAGAUAUUCGGACCGCAGGGAGAACGGGUGAAUUGGAACUCGCCAGAAGGAAUGCGGCGAGCCAUUAUCAUGCUCAAUGGGCUAGAGAUAGCGGUCGUAGAAGCUGAGCCGGUGGUCGAUAUCAUCUGGGAACAACUGCGGGGUCGUGGGCCGCAGGUCAACUUCAUUUUGGAAAGCGACGGACGCGAUAGGGUGAACGCGACUACUCGGCUAGGGAUGGCUGGGAGAAGGAUUAUCCGUGACACCGUGAUGGAGAAGGUUGCUGGGAGUUUCAAGAAGAAAAGGCAGGAGGACGAAGUCCUAGGAGUUAUGGUAGCAAAAAAGGAGUCGGAAGUCGAACUUGGUGCCAGCCUGCCCAAGCGGAAAGAAGUACGCAUGGACGUGCCAGAAAUCGCGCUCGAGAUCCCCAAUUUGUUGCAGCUCAUCAAGACCCUCAGGUACCACAAGGUAGGAGUAGACUCGGCGACCCUGGCCAAAUUCGAAGGAGAGGUGCAAAAAGGAUAUUGUCUGAAUGGGAAAUUAGUUAGUAUUCAACCACGAGUCGUAGAAGCAACGAGGGCAAUUCCGGCCGUUCAUUUCUUAGGAGAAAGAUCCCGGAAGAAAGUUGUUCGAAAGUACAAGCCGGUAGGGAAGAAAGCAAAAUCGGUCUCGAUCCUGCUAGAGACAUCAAAGGAAGUGGCUAUGGAAAAGGAGGAGGUCCUCCGAGUGAUCCAAGAGAGAAGAGCGACGGAAGGGCAUCGGAUACCAGAUGAGGUAGCUGACACAAUGAAGAUAGGGGUAGAAGGAUUCCUAACGGAGGAGGAAGAUCGCCUAAUCAAAAGGACAUGCCAGGAGUUUCACCUGGCAUUUGCUUUUAGUGAUCGUCAAAAGGGGCGGUUGGAUGCGAAGCUGAUCCCUCCGGUCAGAAUCCACACAGUAGAGCACGAGUGCUGGAACGACAAGGGUCCGUCCUAUGAGCUUGGGAUAGCAGGGGAAGUGACAGACCUUCGAGGAGCAAAGAUGGACUCCUUCGUCGCAGAACCUACGGCGUCGCCUUACGCAAACCGGUGGUUCGUCUUUCAGAAGCCCAACAAAACACUAAGGGAUAGGCGGUACACUGCAAUGCACACCCCUGUAGGCCAGUUGCGGAUGCAGGUAACCCCUAUGGGCUUUACGAACGCGGUAGCCGAAGCGCAAAGGAGGAUGCUCGCCGUAGCCGGAGAUAUGUUUCCAGAGAAGUGUGAGCCCUACAUCGACGAUAAUCCGAUCGAAGGCGCGCAGGAAAAGAACGAGACGGAAGUCCAACCGGGAAUCCGAAGAUGGAGGACCCUUGGCCGUAGGAGGCAUGCUGAUCAACGGGAUGAGGAACGCAGAGAGAGACCGAUUAGGUUCGAAAGUAGAACCCUGAACUCCGCAGAACGGCGGUACUCGCAAUUCAAAAAGGAGGUCUUAGCCAUCUUACAUUGCCUCAAGACCUUCCAGGCCUACCUAUUUGGGAGGCGAUUCAUCUUAAGGAUCGAUUCGACGAAUGUCGAAGGGGCCUUAAAGAACUACAGGCCUAUAGCUCCGACGGUGGGAAGAUGGGUAAAAUUUAUCUGGCAGUUCGAUUACAAGAUCGAACGGAUUGUUGAAAUUAGAAACAAGGAGGAUGGGUUGCGUUGGAUCUGCAUCACUACCGAAGGGGUGGAGGAUGCGGAGCCCAUAAACGCGUUCCUUGAAUUCGAGGGAGGAACUCUUGCGGUGGACAACGAAAUGAUGGGCGAAGAAUGCGCGUCGGGAGAACUGUUGAUCCAGACUUUGGAGAAGGGGGCGCGUGCCGUAGUACCAGAGCUUAGGGAAGGACCCGUCACCACUCGAGGUCAUAAAGAGGAGAGAGAUAUAUUGGGAGCAAUAGUAGGACCAAAGGAGGAGCUAAUAGCAAUGGCGGUUGAGGGAGGCCGGGAAGCCGUAAUAAGCUUAGUGGAAUCUUGGGAAAAAAAAGAGUUGCAGUGGAUGGUAAACCAGAUGCAGGAGAGAAAGGAUGAGGACCACGAAAGGAAGGAGGUUUUCUAUGCCCAGAUAUACAAAGGGAUCGUUCGAGAAAUCGGGUUGUUGAUGGUGGGAAACAACCAACCCACGGAAGUCAGCAAUAAAGCAAGGCAGGAGGCCGAAAGACUCUGCGUACCGAUCAAACUCAUCGAGCCGUAUCACCCAGAGGCCAAUGCACCUGUGGAAAAAGGCCACCGAACCUUAAAGAACACGAUUGCGAAGCUCGCAGCGGAUCAUCUGGGAAGCUGGCCGAGGUAUCUCAAGCAGGUUGUCUUCUCAGAGAACAUGACACCUAAGAGGACAACGGGAUGUAUCCCGACGGAACUUUGGUACGGGAGGGAGAUCGACUUUCCCGUGGAAGCCUUGAUACCUACCUGGAACAGGUUAGAGGAUGAUCCGCGAAUGACCACGGAGGAGUUAAUCGAGGCAAGGUGUCAACAGGUCCUCAAGAACGAAGAGGUCAUGGAAGACAUCGCCAACCGGGUACUGGACAGCAGGAUGAGCGACAAAGCAAGGUGGGACCAGGUUAAGAAUGUCACAAAGGAGCCACUUCAAGUGGGGGAGAUGGUAUUGCUAAGGAAUUCGACACAAGAAAGUACUUGGUCUGGACAGCUGGGGAGGAGGUUCAAAGGCCCCUAUCGGGUGGGGCUGAACACCUUCGAACUGGAAGAUUUGGAUGGAACUGGAUUGAAAGGACCUUUCCCCGGGCAACGAUUGGUCUGGUUUCUAAGUCGAGACCCAGUGGAACAAUGGCUUCAGGAGGCCGAGGAUAAGGAAAUCGAGGGGCAAUAGGUUAAGGACUGACAACGGCCAUGACCACGCUAUGGUUCAAUCACUGACUGCGCUCGUGGGACUGUCAUUUUUUUUCUGGGGCUGGGACAAUGGGUUGGAUUGACUGAGGUUGAAAUGCAGGGUGACUUGGGAAUUUGCGGUAACGGGUUUGUGCGACGCGGGAAGGAUUGUUGGGACAUUGUAUCAUAAUUUUUGAAGGGGAAAUAAUGGGAUCUUCACAAACGGCGCAUUUGCAUAAGGGAGGGAAAUGUAUAAAAGAGGCAUGAUGCGAAGGACACUGGGAACAUUCUUGGGAAAGGGGAGCUGUCUACCGGACUGGGGGAACGGGUGUAUGAGGGGCAUUGCGGAUGUUGUUUUGUUAUACAGGACUUAGAAGAAAAACGAGAAAAAGCAAGAAUGGAAUUCGGCAACGAGAAUGACAGUGGGGCAAUCAACAGGCCUACUGGAG